AUGGUGGCCAACUUUAUCUCAGAAGACGGGCCCGAGAUAUGGGACAACGGGGAAGACGGUGAUAAAUACCUACACCCAAACGACGGUAGAAAUCACUCUGAGGGGAAUUACGGCGGUCAUGACGACGACGAAUAUGACGAAGAAGAGGACGAGGACGAGUAUGAUGGCCACGGUGACGGCGACAGCGUUAUGGAGCCUUCGCUCGAAGAACUCCAAGACUUCUACGCCCGGGUCAUACACGAUCUCCAUCACGACGCCAACUUUCUACGCACCUUCACAGAAGCCCUGGCCGCCGACGAAGCGGGCGUAGCUGUCCCAAUAACGACAACAACAACUACAACAACUUCGCCACGACCACCACCAGGCUACCACCAAUUCUCCCCCUCAUCCUCUUCCGCCUCCCCUUUCGCGCGUUCCUCUUCCUCCUCCUCCUCCUCCUCCUCAUCAACCACCACCAGACCCCCACCCAUCUACCCCGCAUCCUACAUCUACUGCACUCUCCCAGACCAAAGCAACAUCCUGCACGCCCUCAUCGAUGCCGUCCACCGGCAGCUCGUGCCCGUGCGCUCUGCGGCCCUGUUGACCGCCCAGCUAGUUAACGUCGAAUUCGACUUGGUCAGCGAUAGGGCCGUGGCCCCAAAACAGCACGAACAAUGGACCCCGCGCGGCGGCAAGACCCCGCUAGAGUAUGCGGCGCUAUAUGCGGAUUGUCUGGAUCUGGUGCAGGUCAUGUGCGAGGUAGGAUUGGUCGCGAGGGUGAGUCGGGAGGAGAAGGAGAGGAUAUUGCAAGGGGAACGUGGUGAUGGAGUUGGGCAUGAUGGGGGGGAUAGCGCGGUUGGGUUGGGGGAUGGUGUACAUGGACAUGGUGAUGUCGAAGCAGCCGAGGCAGCAAGAGGUUGGGGGUUGAAGGGUGUGCGGAGUCGACUUCUGGAGGGGUUGUCGCCUUUUAUUGGGGGGACGACGGGGAGGGCAGAGGGCCCCGAUGGAGGUGUGGACGCGGAUGUGGAUAAUGGUGUGAGUUCUGAGGAGAAGACCCUGGAGGAGGGGAUGGAAGGAGAUCCGGAACUGGCCGCGGGGCCAAACCCUUUCUUCGAACUCCCCGACGGGACCUUUCUCUGGCAGCGAAUCUUCUGGACAGACCUCAUCAAGAACAAUGAAGACUCGUGCCUACACAUCGCCAUCCGUGAGGGCAACAACGCCUGCGCCGACUACCUCCUCUCACGCAUUCAACUCACGAACGACACCGACUCGGUCCUCGGCCUGUACGAUCACAACGGCCUCACGGCGCUGCACCUCGCCCUCGACUUCGACAAAUGCCACGACCAGUCCCAGGUCGAAUUCGUGCGCCGCCUGAUCGCCCACUACCCGCCCGCCCUGGCCAUGAACUCGGGCGAGAUGUCGUACGACGGCAUGGCGCAGGCGCCGCCGUUGUCGUCCCCUGCGGUCGGUAGCACCGCCAGUGGUGGUUUCGGUACUUUCGUGUCUUCCGUCCCGGGGCUCGAUCAGAACCAUACACCGCAAAGCCGGAAUAGGGGUUUUGGAGGUGGGAGGCUGUCACGGGAUAGAUCCCAGCUCCUGGAAGCCAGUUCUCCUGCGGCGGCUGCUGCUGCUGCUGCUACUGUUGCUGUUCCACUAAGUGGGGGUGUCCGACGGGGGCCGAAAGUGAGUGCCGCGCCGUACAGGUACUUUCUCGAGUCCCGGGAGAGGGCCUUGUUUACCCAGCGAGCGGAAGCCCGGCCGCAGGCACGCAAACCGAGAGGGCAAGGAGGAGGCAGUAUGAAUUCUGGUAGGAGUGGUAUGAGUGGGAGCGGCGGUGUAGGAGGAGGAGGUGUCCAGCGAGCAAGCCUCUCGAUGGCGGCUGGGCGGGGCUUCGCGUUUGUUCAGACGUCGAUGGUGACGAAGAAUAAGCUGCCCAAGGCGUCAAUGAAGGUGGCCACACAGAUGGCAAACCUGCUCAAACUGUCAUGUAUGCGGCAUUGCGGGCGGGACCGGGCGAAGCUGAAGGAAUUGUUGGAUUUCAAGAAGCAAAUACACCUCGACUUGAACCCCCGCACGAGAGUCACUGCCCGGUUCCUGGAGUACAUGGCUGCCAAGGGACUCGAGCCAUACCUACAGUAUGUGUACAUCCCAAACCUACGGGUUGUUGAUGUGCGGAAUGCCGAGCUGGAGAAGCAGAGUUGCAUCUUCAACUGGCUCAAAAAGACGGUGGGCGUGACCAAAAUCAUCCGUCUUGUGGUUGAGGACGACCCGGCCGACUUCCACAGUGACGAGGUGAUUGAACACUCACUCCGGGAGUUCGACAUUGAGGAGUGGAAAUGGUUUCGCUGGGACAUGUGCAUCGACACCAUCCGCGAGGCGGCGCCCAACGUCCGCGAGUUGCACCUCUACUGGAGCGGUAGCAGGGCCGUGCUGAAGAGCUGGGCGUCCCGGGUGGACGGGUUGCCUGCAUUAGGGCAGCUCGAGAAAAUCUGUAUCCUGCGGUCACAGAGCAAGGAAUCCCGCGUCCGGACCAACCAAAUAUUGGCUGACUUCGAAUCCAAUGUGCGCCGAGCCUGGAUCGAGAACUGGGGCCUGCGGCUUCCUGCUCGGCUGCCGCCCAAGAUCUCGGUCGAGGCAUUUACCGGCCGGGAAGACCUAUCCCGCGGGUUGUCAGAGAAGGAGUUGGAAGAGAAGGGCAAAAAGGACCGCUGGCUCAAAUGCACAGAAAGCUUCGGGAAGCUCCUCCGGAAAUGGCUCAACCACCACCUCUUGGAAGCCGAUGGGGACGGCAAACAGGUGCGCCUGGCCGAGGACAAAGAGAUCCGCGUGGCGGUCAUCGACGACGGCGUCAACAUUGAUUGUGACGACAUUGCCGAAAACGUCGAGGAGGGCGAGACCUUUUGCGACAACGGGGGGCAUUGGCCCGGCUACUACCAGUCGUCGUACGGCCACGGCCACCUGAUGGCGUGUCUGAUCCGGGACCUAUGCCCGCGGGUGAAGCUGUACAUCGCGAAGCUGAAUGAGAUGUGGGUCGAUGGCCGGCCGCGGAUUACCCCCGAGUCGGCCGCCAAGGCCAUCGAAUGGGCGCGCUCCAAGGACGUCGACAUCAUCUCGAUGAGCUGGACGAUCGAACAUGUCGACGAGCCGGCCAAAAGCGAACUCGAGGGCGCCGUCAAUCGCGCCCAUGCCGACGGCAUCCUGCUCGUCAGCGCCUGCGACGACCAGGGCAACAUCUCAGACCACCCUUACCCGGCCAAGAACAACGAAGCCAAGGUGCUCAAGAUCGGAUCGGCGACCACGCUUGGCACCCGCCACAAAGCAACCAACGAGAACCUGUUCGACUACAUCGUGCCUGGGUCCCAAGAUGUCGCCCGGCCGGCCGCUUCUCCUUCUCAUACCACGCAUCAAACUACUAGCCCACUGAGUGCUGCUGCCCCAACCGUCGCCGUAGAACGGCCGCUCUUUGGCUCGUCCAUCGCGACGGCCCGGUGCGCCGGCCUAGCGGCCAUGAUCUUGCAGUGCAUCGCGCUGGUGCAUCACCCAGACGACUGCCACAAGCGCACGGUGCGCACGCUGGAGAACAUGAAGAAGAUGCUGGACCGUAUGGUCGAGCCUGGUGACAGCCAUGCGUACAUUAAGGUGUGGACAGUGUUUGAGCAGGCCAUGAAUAAGCCCGGCAUGGGCGAGGAUCUCGAGGGGAGCAUCAUCAGGAAGGUUGCGGGGGAGUUUGUCAAGAGGCUGGCGUGGGAACAGCCCAAGAUGAUGGAGCCGCGGGUUACGGUGUAG